AUACGGUUGUCAAACGGUCAACACCAGCCACAGCAGAAUCCCAAAAUGGCAUUCAAAUUCGCCGUCUUCGCCGCCAUUGUGGCCGUCGCCAACGCCGUCGCCAUCGGAUACCCGGCCCCGCUCGGUGCCGUCCAUGCCCCGUACGGAGCGUACCCAGCCGUUGCUAAGGUUGCCGCUCCUCUGGCCGUCGCUAAGGUUGCCGACGACUACGACCCGAACCCGCAGUACAGCUACAGCUACCACAUUGCCGAUGCUCUGACCGGAGACAACAAGGAACAGCAGGAGUCGCGCUCGGGAGAUGUUGUCACUGGCUCGUACGCUCUGGUUGAGCCCGAUGGCACCCGUCGUGUCGUUGAGUACACUGCCGACCCCGUCAACGGAUUCAACGCCGUUGUCCACCGUGAGCCACUGGGCGUGAAGGCUGUGGCCCCGGUUGCUGCCUAUCCUGCCGUCGCCAAGGUCGCUGCCCCGUACGGAUACCCCGCGUACGGCAAGGCCAUCCUCGGUUAA